ACGUGUCCUCUGCCCCUUCCCAAGCGGCUACAACAUGGCGACCCGGUAAACUGUAGCUGCGAGUUUGAGUUACUCUUAUAGCUGCCACAACACUGACCAUGGCGGUUCCGGCUAUGUUUAAUUUGCGUCGGAGCUCAGAUGAACUUCCUGGAGACCCUUCACGAGAAGAUGAGGAGUGUAACUCUGAAGACUGGGUCAGCGACUCGUGUUCCUGCUCCUCAGCGAGUAGCGAUUCUGAUGACCUUAAGCCUGAAUGGCUGGACAGUGUGCAGAAAAAUGGAGAGCUGUUUUAUUUGGAAUUGAGUGAAGAUGAAGAAGAAAGCCUCCUUCCUGAGACACCUACUGUAAAUCAUGUUAGGUUCAGUGAAAAUGAGAUUAUUAUUGAAGAGGAUGAUUACAAAGAAGGGAAAAAAUAUGAACCCAAACUGAAGCGGUUUACCAAAAUUCUAAAAAGUAAAAGACUUUUACCCAAGCGCUACAAUAAAAAAAAUAGCAAUGACACUGGGCCAGUGUCCAUUCUAAAGCAUCAGUCCAAUCAGAAAACAGGAGUCAUUGUCCAGCAGCGAUACAAAGAUGUGAAUGUUUAUAUAAACCCCAAAAAGCUAACUGUCACCAAAGCCAAAGAGCAGCUCAAGCUUCUGGAAGUACUGGUUGGGAUCAUCCAUCAGACCAAGUGGAGCUGGAGAAGAACUGGGAAACAAGGAGGUGGAGAAAGGAUUGUGGUUCAUGGUCUGCUGCCUGGAGGGUCUGCUAUGAAGACUGGCCAGAUAAUAAUUGGUGAUGUCCUUGUUGCCGUGAAUGAUGUUGAUGUGACCACUGAGAACAUAGAGAGAGUUUUGUCUUGUAUUCCAGGACCUAUGCAGGUGAAACUGACAUUUGAAAAUGCAUAUGCUAUGAAAAAGGAAGUUACCCAACAAAAACAGAAAAAGGCACAAUUAAAUACAAGCGAUUUAGUCAAACUUCUAUGGGAAGAUGAGGUUGAAGACAUCCAGCAGAAUAUUCUUAAUACUCCUCAUAUCAUUAUGUACCUCACACUUCAGCUUGACUCGGAAACAUCAAAGGAAGAGCAGGAAAUUCUUUAUCAUUAUCCAAUGUCUGAAGCAUCUCAGAAACUUAAAAGUGUGCGAGGGAUAUUUCUCACACUCUGUGAUAUGCUGGAGAAUGUAACCGGGACACAAGUUACUAGUUCAUCCCUUCUUUUAAAUGGGAAACAAAUUCAUGUGGCCUACUGGAAAGAAUCUGACAAAUUGUUGUUAAUUGGUCUUCCUGCUAAAGAAGUUCCUCUUCCUCAGCUAAGGAAUAUGAUAGAAGAUGUUGCCCAGACUUUAAAGUUUAUGUAUGGUUCUUUAGAUAGUGCAUUCUGCCAGGUUGAAAAUGUUCCUCGUUUGGAUCAUUUUUUCAACUUGUUCUUUCAAAGAGCGCUUCAGCCCACUAAACUGCAUUCAAAUGCCAGCCACAGUGCCCAGCAGUAUGAUGCUUCCAGUGCAAUACUUUUAGACAGUUUUCCUGGAGUUCGAUGGCUUCAUCUUCCACAGGAAAUCAAGAUGGAAUUAGACACGGCAUUGAGUAGCUUGGAGGCUGCAGAUUUUGCAGAACUGUCUGAGGAUUAUUUUGACAUGAGGCGGCUGUAUACAAUUUUGGGUUCUUCUUUAUUUUACAAGGGUUAUUUGAUAUGCAGCCAUUUACCUAAGGAUGAUCUUAUUGCUAUUGCUAUAUAUUGUCGCCACUAUUGUCUACUGCCUUUAGCCGCAAAACAAAGAAUUGGUCAGUUGGUUAUAUGGAGAGAAGUGUUUCCUCAACAUCACCUCCAACAGUCUGAAGACUCAAAUACUAAAAUUUUUCAGGAACCUGAAGGCAGAUAUUUUUUGCUAAUUGUUGGCUUGAGACAUUACAUGUUAUGUGUAAUACUAGAAGCUGGAGGCUGUGCAUCCAAAGCUAUUGGGAAUCCUGGACCAGACUAUAUAUAUGUGGAUCAGGUCAAAGCAACUCUUCACCAGCUGGAAGAAGUUGAUUCUCGCAUAGAUGAACGUCUAGCCUGUGCUCCACGUCCCUGUUUGUCUUCUGCUGACUGGUUCCUUACUGGAUCACGUGACAAGCCAGAGAGUUUGACAACUUCACCUAUCCUCAGUAGACUACAGGGUACUUCCAAAGUUGCAACCUUUCCAACAUGCAGAAGAAGUCUUUUUGACUAUUCCUUAAAGACACAUAAGCCCAGUCCUUCCAGAAGCAUCGGAGGUUCUGACAAUGGUUGUGAAGGUGGAGAAGGUGUUGGCCUUAGCCCCAACACUACUCCGGAUGCAAUACGAAAGCAGAGAGAAUCUCAGUGCUCUGAUGGCUCAGAGGAAAGUGGGGCUUUGCUUAAGGUCUGUAAAAAGAAGUCUACUCUUCCAAAUCCAUUUCAUUUGGGGAAUUUGAAAAAGGACCUUUCAGAAAAAGAAUUGGAAAUAUAUAAUACAAUGAAGUUGACAUCUGGUCCUGAGAAUACACUUUUCCACUACGUUGCCUUAGAAACAUUGCAAGGGAUCUUCAUUACCCCUACCCAUGAAGAGGUGGCACAACUAAGUGGCUCAGUCCAUCCCCAACUAAUAAGGAAUUUCCAUCAGUGUUGUCUUUCCAUUCGUGCAGUUUUCCAACAGACGUUGUUGGAAGAGAACAAGAAAGUACUAAAUGGCGCAGAUCGCUCAGAUUCUAUAAAUUCAGUGUCUUCUCUUAACCCUGUGAAAGAGCAUGGUGUGUUGUUUGAAUGCUCACCUGAAAACUGGACCGAUCAGAAAAAAGUUCCACCAGUUAUGGCUUACUGGGUAGUAGGGAGACUCUUUCUUCAUCCUAAACCUCAAGAACUAUAUGUCUGUUUUCAUGAUUCAGUCACAGAAAUUGCCAUUGAAUUAGCUUUUAAGUUGUUCUUUGGAUUAACCUUAUAACUGCUUUCUUGAUGAAGAGCAGCACUGAGCAUGGAGUGUCAAACAGUGUUAUAGUUGCAGAAAUUGAUACCCAGCUCAUCUUCACUGUUCAAUAUUAGAUAUAAUAUUGUUAAAUAUUAAGAUGAAGUGCUGUUUGAAUUUGAUACACUAAAUCUAUGUGAGACUUUUUGAAAAAAUACUUGAUCAAAUAUAUGUGAAAAAAGGAUUGUUAUUGCCAUUUUGGUACAGAACAUUAAUUUAUUGAUUCAUUUGCAAUAAUGUGAAAUGUUUUAUAUAAUAUAUUGUAUAAAGUAUUUAUCUUGGAAAAAUAUUC